AUGCAUGAUGUCAAGAAGCAGGAAGAUGAGGAAGAGCAGAAGUUCUACUCAAACAAGGCCUAUUUGUGCUCACCUUUCCAGAAAUGGAUCUGGUUCAACGUCGACCCCCCAACAAAAACACAGAACCUGACCAAUUUGGACAACCUCUUUAACCUGACCAUGAGCUAUCGGAAAGAUGCAGACAUCAAAUUGCGUGUACGAGUAUUAACACGCAAGAAUCCAGAGGAGUUUGUGUUACCAGAGAAGGACAAACUGGUUUGUUGGGUGAGCGAUGAAGAGGACUUGGGAGUGGCACUUGACUACUAUAAGGAACUUCAAAAGCACAUAAAGAUUCAUGUUUUUGGCAAAGCCUUUGGUAAACCCCUUAAGCCUGAUAUCUACUACUCCACCAUAGCCUCCUGUAAGUUUCAUCUAUCCUUUGAGAACAGCAUACACCCAGACUAUAUUACAAAGACCUUGCACGACCCACUGGUCUCUGGAACUGUUCCAGUGGUGCUUGGUCCCCCGAGAAAAAACUAUGAAGAUUGUAUACCAAGGGACUGUUUCAUUCAUGUGAAUGACUUCCCAGAUGCUAAGGCUCUGGCAGAGUCACUAUCUCACCUAGACUCUGGCAACAGUACCUACAAGAACUACUUUGCAUGGCGCAAAUAUAUGUACGCAAGGCCCCGGCAGCUAGAGAGAAACAAGCAGUUCCUUCAUGAUGUCUGCUUGGCUUGUCAACACCUGGGGAGGAAGAGGGUGUACCGGAGAGUCCAUGAUGUGUACAAGUGGUUUUACAGUAAACCAAAAUGGCUCCUGUAGACAAUCAGCCUAUCAUAGCAGCGGCUGUUCAUGUUUGGUCUGUUUGAAUUAAUACUGUGUACUUGUAAUGUGGGCAACAGUCGGAUCAUGGGUUUUAUUGCAAUCGAAUGUUAUAUACAUUUGUAGACAAACUACUAUAGAGUUUUAGACACCACACCCACUCUCAGGAAGUCCUGGUGAGUUGGUGGUGGCUUAGAUGAAUGAUUAAAAAUGGAAGAUGUUUCUCACCUCACUCUCUUCUCUCCCCUAUAUGCUACUCUUGGUUUCUCAGUCUCUCUCUCCCUCUCUCUCCCCCUUCUCUCUCUCAAUUCAUAGAGCUUUAUUGGCAUCACUGUAAGUGUUACAAUGUAAUGUAAUCUCUCUCUCUCUAUGGUUUCUUAUUUUCUUUAUUUGAUACAUUGUUUUAUCUGGUGCAUUUGACAUUGUAAUUGGGCAACUUGUUGAAGUUUCAAGUGCAAGUUUAUUAUUUGUUUUGAGGUUAAGUUUACUUUCUCUUUGUUCCUUUGUUGAAGGAUAUUUCCUGAAGUGAUAUUGCCUUACAUUUGCUGUUAUGGCUUAAUGCCUAAUAAAUGGUUAAUUUACCCACCA